AUGGUUGCUGAUGAAGAAAAGGAUUCUGCUAAUCACAAAUCAAGGAAUUAUAGACCCUUCAUGGAGAAAAAUAAACUUUUUUCAACUUCAACAAUUCUGCUAUUCGCAGUGAUGAAUAUGGUGAUAGCUGGAUUAACGCAGCAAAUUCCCACAACCUUACAAGGCCCAUUUAAGCCCGCAACUCGUAGUUUCGAUCCUUCGUUGCGCCGUGGCAGUGAUGAUUUGCCUAUGAAUCACCCCAGGUUACGGAAAAAUGUGACCUCAAAUUUCCCUGAACAGAUUGCUCUUGCAUUGUCUACUCCAACUUCAAUGUGGAUUUCUUGGGUCACUGGGGAUGCACAGAUUGGAUUGAAUGUCACGCCAGUUGAUCCGUCAACAGUGGGCAGCGAGGUGUGGUAUGGGAAGGAAAGGGGAAAGUACAGUGGAAAGCAAACUGGUGUCUCAGUGAUUUAUAAUCAGUUGUAUCCAUUUGAGGGCCUCUGGAAUUACACAUCUGGUAUCAUUCAUCAUGUGAAGAUUGAUGGUCUUGAACCUGAAACAAAGUAUUACUACAAGUGCGGGGAUAGUUCUUUAAAAGCAAUGAGUGAGGAACUUGUAUUUGACACCUUACCGUUGCCUGGCUCUGGCAAGUAUCCUCGUCGAAUAGCAGUUGUAGGAGAUUUAGGACUUACCAGCAAUUCUACAACAACAAUUGAUCAUCUUGUUAAGAAUGAUCCUUCAAUGAUUUUGAUGGUUGGAGAUUUAACUUAUGCAAAUCAAUACCUCACGACUGGUGGAAAGGGAGCUUCAUGCUACUCAUGCGAAUUCCCUGAUGCACCCAUUAGAGAAACAUAUCAACCUCGCUGGGAUGGGUGGGGAAGGUUCAUGGAACCUCUCACAUCAAGAGUCCCAAUGAUGGUUGUUGAAGGAAACCAUGAGAUCGAGCCUCAAGUUGCCAAUAUUAGUUUCCAAUCAUAUCUGACAAGAUUUUCUGUUCCUUCAAAUGAGUCUGGUUCUAACAUUAACUUCUACUAUUCUUUUGACUCUGGAGGUGCACAUUUCAUCAUGUUGGGGGCAUAUGUGGACUACAAUAAAACCGGUGCUCAAUAUGCUUGGCUCCAAAAAGAUCUUCAAAAUGUAGACCGAAGUGUAACACCUUGGCUGGUGGCUGCUUGGCAUCCUCCUUGGUACAAUAGCUAUUCAUCACACUAUCAGGAAUUUGAAUGCAUGAGACUGGAAAUGGAAGCACUUUUUUACCAAUAUGGAGUUGAUAUUGUCUUUUCUGGUCAUGUGCAUGCCUAUGAGAGGAUGAACAGAGUCUUCAACUAUACUUUGGAUUCGUGCGGUCCUGUUUAUAUAACAGUUGGAGAUGGCGGUAACAUUGAGAAGGUUGAUGUUGAUCACGCAGAUGAUCCUGGAAAAUGUCCCUCUGCUGGUGACAAUAUUCCAGAAUUUGGAGGUGUAUGUCAUAUGAACUUCUCAUUUGGCCCUGCAAAAGGAAAAUUCUGCUGGGAUAGACAACCUGAGUGGAGUGCCUACAGAGAGAGCAGCUUUGGGCAUGGAAUGCUUGAGAUUGUAAAUUCUACAUUCGCGCUAUGGACUUGGCAUAGGAAUCAGGAUAUUUACCAAGAAGACAGCCAUGGUGAUCAAAUAUAUAUUGUUAGACAACCUGAAUUGUGUUCUAAUAGUUCAAAGGGCAAUAGUAUCAAGCCACAGGCCCCACAAGCAAAUAUAGUAACAGAACUGAGAAAUCCUUCAUUUAGUAGCUUUUUGUGUUUUCCAAGAUUAAAACCUGGCAAGCCUCUGGCGCCCAGCUAUUAA